UGAUGCCUGAGGCUGUCUCCAGUGGUCAUGUGACCCUUGCCUUGCAGAAGUUUUUUUCUUUCCACUGGGGAGGAAACCAGAGCUCAGUUCAGUUCCUGACUGUGAGUCAUCACUGGUGCCCAUACUGCCAACACAGACUCGAAGCUGCACGCAAAAAGAAGGACCUCUCUUCUUCAGCUUUUACAUGUAUGUUGUUUUGGACUCAACAUAUUUUCCAUAUUGUUCCUGUCAUCGUGCUGGAUGUUUAUAAUGGAUUGUGAAGGCUGAGUCACAUGUUCCACCUCAGGACACUGCCACAGCCCUGAUAUUCUCACAGCACUUCUGGAUUAUUCCCAGUAAAGACACAACAUCCCAUCAUGGCUGCUGCUGCACUCGUCACAGAGAACUUUAAGUUUGUGUCUCUCUUCUUCAAGAGUAAAGAUGUGAUGAUCUUCAACGGUCUCAUCGCUCUGGGCACUGUAGCCAGCCAGACUGCGUACAGCGUUUUUGCCUUUAACUGUCCAUGUUCCUCUGGGAAGAACUAUCGCUACGGCCUGGCUGCCAUUGGUGUUCCGGCACUGGUAUUUUUCCUUGUAGGAGUAAUGAUGAACAACAGCACCUGGGACCUGGUGUCCGAGUGUCGGCUCAGACAAUGCCGGAAGCUGUCAGGAGCUGCAGCCUUUGCGGUGCUGGGAAACAUUGUAGGUCGAGCCGUGGUGGCUCCUCUGACGUGGGUGGUUAUCUCUUUGCUGCAGGGCCAGGCGUACACAUGUGCCCUCAGUGAGUUUUUUAACCCCAGUACCUUAGAGGGCUUCCCCUCAGAUAACGGGUCAGAGGUCAUGGCGAAAUUUCCAUGUGAAGGAAGUGUUCCAAAGGAGCUGCAAGGAUUCUGGGCUGAAAUUGAGCGGCAACUGAAAUAUCAAUCUCAGCUGAUAGGCUGGCUGCUGGUGGCAGGAAUGUCUCUGAUGGUCUUCUUGCUGCUGUGUAUGAAGCGCUGCUCCUCUCCCCUUGGUUACCAACAGGAGGACUACUGGUCUCAGUACCGCUCUAACGAAAAGACCCUCUUCCAACGCACAGCAGCUGUCCAUGCCCGCCUCCUGGCUGCAGAGAACAUUAAGAGCUUCUUUGGCUUCGUGGCUCUGGAGAAGGAAGAGAAGGAGCAGCUGGCUGAGCACCAGAGUGUCAGUCCUGUCUGCAGCACUAAUUGGAACAGAGUGACUGGUGUCUACCUCUACAGGGAGAAGAAUGGACUGCCUCUGUACAGCAGGCUCAACAAAUGGGCCACGUACAACCUGGAGCAUAACGUGGAGGCCAUGGACAAAGAGAUGGAUGCAAUCUACUGACGGUAGAAGGUGGUCCAGUGACAAAGGCAUCAGUUGGAUCAUCAAACAGAAUCUACAACCCUCUAUCUCAACUGCUUACCUAUAUUUCAGAACUUUGUCUGACAGUUUUAGUAACUUCUGAUCACCGACUUUAAGACUUCAUUAGGUUUAAAGUUACUUAAGAAAGUUCCAAGAGGUUUGAAAAGCAUCGGAAUGUGACUUCUCAGGACUUGAUAGAAUUAUCCCACACUUACCAUGACUCUUUUUUUCAUUCAUAUUAUCUGAAU